GUGCGUACUACUGUCCACAGCCUUUUGUAGCUUCUGCACUUCUGUGUCCUCGCGCAAAAUGGACCCCGAGUUGAAGCGUCAGCUUCUUGACCGCAGCGAGCAGCUGGGUCUUCGGUCAUUCGAAGACACGCCGCGGAGGACGGCUGCCGACAACGACGACGGCGCACCGCCCGAACCUCCCGAGCCUUCGGCGCGCUUGGACGACACCCGCUGGUGCCUCUGCGGCCGCUGCCAGCUAAUGCCGACAGCCCGCGAGUGCGUCUGCUGCCUGGAGGUUCCGAAGGUCGCCUCCAAGGCUGGUAACCGCUGCAUCACCGAUCACUCCGACUUUUUCGGUGGCAUCCUGAAUCCAGUCGUGCUCCAGAUCGCCUACCGGAUGAGGGCGAUGGAGCUAAAUGACAUGGAGCUCAUUGGACAGAGGAGCACCCAUAAGAAGUACCGGUAUGUGGCGUACCGGCAGUUUGUCUGGUGGAUCUGGCGCCGCCUUGGCAGAGGGAACCGGACGGUCUUGCCAGCUUGUGUUGUACAGGCUAUUCGAAACAUGUAUCCAUCUGAUGAAUACCGGGGCUUUGAAGCUCUGUGAGCCGUGGGAUUUAUGAGCACACAACUUCAUCCCUAAAGUUACGAGAACAGUUCAUGGGUGCUCAUCUGUCCCAUGAGCCCCAUGUCGUUUAGCUUCAUUGCCCUUAUUCGGUAGGCAAUCAGGGGCACGACUGGUUUUAGGAUGCCACCAAAACAGUCGGCGUGAUCUGUGAUACAGCGCCUACCAGCAUUCGAGGCGACCUCCUGAGCGGUCAAACGAACUUCACCUCUUUUUUCUUUCGAAAUAUCUCUUUACAUUUUUUCACCCAAUUCCAACGGCCGCUCCUCGACAGUAGAAAGGAUCGCACAUAAUUGUAAGUGACCGAAGAGGCGCUCAGAAUAUGUGAAGGGUCACGUUAGAACGGUUAGGUGUAAGAAGUGUACGAACGACAGUUCUGGUCCUGAAAUUAUUUUUGUUAAAAAUGUAGUUCCCAAGCUUUAGAUUUUAAGGGUGAUUACUACACAGCUAGUGUCUUGAUGCUAUUUGUUACUUUUGAGUUUCAUACUCAUUUAUGUUAUGUUGUAGGUUUUUUCUGUGUUUCGCAGUAACAUGAAACGUCUUGCAUUGCACUGCAUGUUGUGUUUGCGAAUUGUGCUAUUCGGUUUUUUCCUUAUUUCCCAGUAACAUGACACAUCUCUUAUGAUAUUCAAGAGGUUGAC